AUGGAAAAGCUGAACCCCUAUGAAAUCCCCUUCACUGUCAAAGCCCAGGUCGUUAAAGGCAGCCAAAUCCGAGAGGGACUUAGGGAUCGAUUGGAAAAGAAGUUGAAUUUCGACAACUAUAAAGAAAAGUUCUGUCUGCUUCUUCAUGUGGAAGAGUAUCAAAUGCAAAAGGACAUCAGAAACUAUGAUAUGAAAGGAGUUGUUUUUAAACAAGAAAGAGGAGACAGACGCUUCCUCAUCUUGGAGGUGCCAGGUCUUGCAGAAAACCGCCCAUCUGUGUUACGCGGUGAUCAAAUCUUUGCCUAUGAGCCAGGAAAACUACACCAACGAUACAAAGGAAUAGUGCACAAAGUUCAAAAGCUUGAUGUGAAACUUGGCUUCGAUUUGAAAAACAUACCCUACGUGAAUGGGAAGAAGUUCGACAUUCAGUUCACAUUCAAUCGACUUUCAGUACAGAUGGAACAUCGCGCGUGUGAGCAGAUUGCAUCUGUGAACAGGCAAGAAAUGCGCCAUGUUCUUUUCCCAACAGAAGACAGUCUCGAUCAAAGGGGAGAAAUAAACAAAGAAGUCAGAUUCUUUUACGAUCGCCACCUGAACGGUGAACAACAACAGGCAGUUCAGAAGAUUGUGUCGGGUGCGUCACGCCCUGCUCCAUAUCUCGUGUUUGGACCCCCCGGAACUGGAAAGACUGUCACUUUGGUGGAGGCUAUUAAACAGGUGCACGUUUUGAUUGGUUCAAGCUACAUUCUGGCGUGUGCACCAGAAAACAGUGCUGCUGACCUAUUAGCUGAGCGCCUGUUGGCUCACGUAGAUAGGGGUAAAUUGUUCCGGAUGUACGCUGCGUCACGGGCCUGGGACAUUGUGCCUCCAAAGCUCAAGGACGCACGAGUUGUGAAUUUUGACCCUGUGUCACAUGAAGUGUAUUAUCCCUCUAAAGAGGACUUGAUCAGCGACUAUCGUAUAAUUGUCACUACUUUGAUUACUGCAGGAAGGUUGGUGUCAGCAUUGUUCCCCAGAAAUCAUUUCACGCACAUUUUCAUAGACGAGGCGGGUCAUGCAACAGAACCUGAGUGUAUCAUCCCUGUGGCGGACCUCCUGGACCCCAAUAACCCCAGGGGCGGUCAGCUGGUGCUUGCAGGAGACCCUAAGCAGUUAGGACCAACCCUCAGAUCCUCGAUUUCACAGAAGUAUGGACUGGAAAUUUCUCUUUUGGAACGUUUGAUGACGUCAAGUCCCGCUUACACUCGUGGUCCCAGCGGGAAUUACAACUCGAAUCUUUUGACAAAACUUGUGAACAACUAUCGUUCACACAGAGCCAUUAUCGAGAUUCCUAAACAACUGUUUUAUGAAAAUGAGUUGAAUGAAUGUGCUGGAGAUUUCAGGUUAGAAAGUCAUUCAUAUUUCUUUUGAACGACGACCCGAUUCUACAAAGCCAUAAAAACUGAGAAAAUAGCUAUACUCUUUUGACACUUAAUUCAUCAUAAUAUGAUAUCAACAAUACUUUAUUAGGGAAGGGCCUGUAAAACGGACGGACUUUCAUAUGAUUUGGACGGGGAUACCGGUGGGAGAUUUUGGCGUGAGGCACAAGAGCAUACCAAACUACACGUGACCUGCACUUUAGUGACCCCCC